AUGUUUGGAUAUUGUAGAUCGGAAGUGACUUUGAGCUUUCUAUGGAUUUUUGCUACAACUGAGGUUCAAGCUUACUUCAACGAUGGCCUCAACCCUGUGAGAGUGGACCUGAGUGUUUGGCAUCAGCGCAACCCUAGAGUAGCGCUGCGAACUAACGACCAGCUCACUUGUGAAAAGCCUAAUAUUUAUAUAUGCGAGGAACCACCAAACAUAGUGCCAUCAGAGAUUGGUAAAGCGUGCAAUUUCCGUAAUGUGCAGUACCAUGAGCAAGUGUACCGAUGGGUCGCGGGUCGGGGGUGUCUACUCUACACCCCUGACUUUUUGUUUGUCAAUGGAAGUAAUCCUAUCAAUUUGAAUGCUGGCUGCUUUUAUGGGAAUUUGUUCGCGCCUUGCUUGGAAAUUGUAAAAGAUGAUGGCACGUGUGGGUGUUACCCAUUUGAUCCAGCACUAGAAGAAGUGGCGAAAGAGGUGCGAAACGCUCUAAUACCCACCGCUCAUGGGCGUUGGGAGAAAUGCUUUUAUGAGGCGAGUGACUGUUGCAGCCACUUCAUGGAGGAUACCAGCUUUGCUGAGCUAUCAAAUGAAGAAUGCCCAACCACAUUCGAUGGGUGGACUUGCUGGCACCCAGCCGUUAGAGGCACUACCGCAAGUGCUGUUUGCUCCGAGUUUGCGUAUUCUAAUUCCGGACCGUCCUGCAAUCAUUACAGUACCAAGAGAUGCUUCAACAACGGCACAUGGGAGCUACAAACUGACUACGCCACGUGUAGCAUAACUCCUCGUCUCUUAAGUCGAUACCGCUUCUAUAUUGGGAUGCUGGCCUUCUCCGUAGUAGCCUGCAUACCGGCGAUAUUUAUAUUCUUCUUCUAUAAGAGAUUGAGGAUUACAAGGGUCGUGAUGCACAGGAAUUUAUUGCUUGCGAUUGUUAUAAGGAAUUUGCUGGUUAUAAUUGCGAGAAGUGAGAUCUACAUACAAGAACUAAAAGGGUCGGGUAGCACCACAAUGUCCCGGAACUCAGUACUAUGCCGCAUAUUAUCGACCGGGGAACGUGCGGCUGCGGGCGCCGUGUUCGCGGCCAUGUUGCUGGAGGGACUGUACUUGCAUCGCCUUAUUGUGGCCGUGUUCCGACGCAGGAUGGAGCUGGCGUAUCUGUACCUGGUGGCUGCGGCGAUCGCGAUACUCCCAGUGCUAGUGUGGGCUACAAUCAUGGCCUUGUACAACGACCACUCUUGCUGGGUCGUGUAUACAGUAGACCACGUUCAAUGGAUACUGGAUGGACCUAGGAUUCUCAUCCUGCUUGUCAAUACGGUCCUGUUUAUAGAUGUGCUGAGAGUGCUGCUAACUAAGAUCAGGAACACGGAAAACUCUAAUCAGUUGAGCACAGUAAAAGCGACACUAUUCCUCAUGCCAGUGUUUGGCACGCAGUUCAUAUUCACCGCUAUACGGCCCACCACUAGCGACUGUGCGUGGGAGCAAGUGUACUACUUCAUAGCGUACGCUAUGGAGGGCUUACAGGGGUUCAUGGUGUCUUUGAUUUAUUGCUAUGCUAAUAGAGAGGUUCAUGGACUCAUCAAAGCCACGUACAAGAAAACAGAAAGUGCUGUAGUGUCACGUAUAAGAGGUUCCGAUGUACCGCGCACGAGCGUCGACCCCAAGUCUGAUAGACGUUUCACAUAUACUACUGGUAUAUCAAAGAAUACCGAAGAAAAAGACCCAUACACUUACAUGAAACCAAAGCUACACGUAGCUGAAAUCAUAUCCAUACAAGCUAGCGAACGAUUAGCUGAAAUUCUAGAACCAGUCUAUGAAACAGUGGACAAUGGUCUAGUGAAUAGUGGGUAUGAUUUCCUGGAUAGAUCGGAUUACGAAAAUGAUUACAAUUUUACAAACGCCUCUAGCGUAUCUAUUGGGUGUCAAGAUUGGCUAAGACGUACUUCACCAAAUAGCAGUAUUUACAAUAAAUCCGUUAUAGACACGACAAAGCCUAAAAUAAAAGAAAACGACGAUAAUGAAGCCAAAAUUGUCAAAGAAAAGGAAUCAGAGUACGAAAAUGAUCCAAAAUCGACUUGUCCCAAAUUUAAUACGGAAUUUCAAACAGAGGAUGUUUACGAAAUUCCAUCUGACAAUGAUUAUGAAAACCAUGACAUGUUGAAUGAAAUUAUCCAGUACAUAGAAAGCAAUGAAAGGAACCUUGCAUUGAAUUCUGAGUUACUUGCACCGAAUAGAAAACCGGAGGACAAAAUUGUUUUUGUUGAUCAAUAAAUAUUUUGGCUUAAUGAUUACGCGGCUCCAUUGUGCUGUU